GGCCUCCUCCCCUCCUCAACUCACCACCUACAACAAGUUUGACAGCUCAGCUUUUUUGUGCUCACACGCAGAGAAGCAGCAGCAGCCGGACUCUCGCUCACUGGACUUUUAUCUCUGUCUUCCUCUCAGUUUUUAUCAUUUUUUGCUGGUAUGUGUGCGUCUUGCGGCUCCUGCUGGCUAUGAGGAAUUUCAUGUGUCCGUAGGUUUGGUCACUUUUCCCUGUUGGACCUUUGUUUUAUUUCAGGUUAGCGGCGGUGGUUUUUUUCUUGUUUUUUUUUUUCCAUUAUCGGGCGCCAAAAGAGAAGUUAACCAUGUCGAGGAGCGCGGAGGAGGUGAACAAGCUCACCGAAAGUACAUACAAGAGUGUGAUGGACCAGUUCAACCCAGGACUCAGGAAUCUGGUCAACCUGGGCAAGAACUAUGAGAAAUCAGUGGCUGCAAUGAUCCUGGCGGGAAAGUUGUAUUUUGAUGCAAUGUCUAAGAUUGGGGAGAAUGCUGCAGUGUCUCCUGUCUCCAGAGAAUUAGGUGUAGUGCUGAUGGACAUCUCAGACGUCCACAGGAAGGUUAAUCUCGAGCUGGAAGAAAAUUUUAAGAGGUUCCACAGGGAGAUAAUAUCCGAGCUGGAGAGGAAGACCGACAUGGAUGUCAAAUACAUGACAGCAACAUUUAAGAGGUACCAGAUGGAGCACAAAAUGAAGCAGGAAUCUCUGGAGAGAUCCCAGUCAGACCUGAAGAAGCUGAGGAGGAAGAGUCAAGGCAAGAACGCCAACAAGUAUGAAAGCAAAGAGAGCGAGUGCCUGGAAACGUUGACAAACCGUCAGAUGGACAUGCAGUUGUUUGUCGCAGACGGCUGUAAGGAGGCUCUGCUGGAGGAGAAGAGACGCUUCUGUUUCCUGGUGGACAAACACUGCAUGUUCUCCUACCAGUUCGCUUCCUUCCAUGACAAGGCCAGAGACAUGCUGACGGCAAAGCUGAGCAGCUGGCAGGACCAGUGCAACGACGCCACCAACAUGCCCGACAGUGUCUUAUCGAUGAUUGAGGGACUUCGCACGCAUGUCUCCAUCACACCUCUGCCCUCUCCGUCCCCGUCACGACACAGCGUGAACAUGUCUGCUCCGCCGGCCCCGCCUCUGAAGGCUCAGGCCAGUCCUCUGGCUACCAUUUUCACCCAGGAGAACAACAACACCCCUGUAACCAGCACCACAAACAACAGCAUAGACCACGGGAACAGCGAGGAUAACAAUCUCGCCAGGUCUGUGUCUGUCGCCACCGGCCUCAACAAUAUGGUGAAGAGGCCACGUGUGCGCACCAUCUUCCCCCACACUGCCGGCAACAACAGCACACUGCUCAGCUUUGACGAGGGAGAAGUCAUCACCCUGCUCAUCCCUGACGAGAGAGACGGGUGGAUGUACGGCGAGCUGGAGAAGAAUGGAAAGAGGGGCUGGUUCCCUUCAUCUUACUGCCGUGCUCUCUCCGAACCUCUCGUGAAUAACAACAGUGUGUCCGCUGCCCCGUACCGCAGUCGAAGCGUUGUCAACCUCCACCACCAGGACACGGAGACGGACGAGGCGACCAUGGUGCUCCCCCCGGCGGACUACUGUGACACCCCGCAGCGCAUCGCCAUAAAGAACAACACCAACACCACCGUCACCACAAACAACAACCACCAGCACUCCCCAACGCCCUCUGCAGCCUCCUCCUCCUCGUCUGAUCACACGGCGAUGCAGCCAAAUGGCACCUCAAGACCGCCGCCUGCUUACCUCGCGGGAGGGAACCCAUUCGCCACAGUCCGGCUACGUCCAACCGUCACCAACGACCGCUCCGCACCGGUCAUCUGAUCUAUCCACAUUUUCACACAACCUCCACUCCCACACCUUCUUGUGUCAUCUACCCGUGACGUGCAGCCCUGUCCUGCCUUUACUGUCCAUCAGCUUCUCCUGGUCUGUUUGGAAAACACAGAACUUGCUGAGAAGAAGAAAAAAAAGGCCAUUUGAAUCUGGGAUCCCCUCACUGCUGCAAACCCUCACAUGGAAGUAUUUCGGGACCGUUUUAUUUUACACAACAGAUGGUCAUAUAUUUUAUAUAUAUUGAUAUAUAAAUAUGUUCUAUGUCUAUUAUUGUCCCUCUGUUUGUGGUGGUGAUGUUUUAAAUGACCACAUUCUUUCCCUGCACUUGAGAAAUGGAUGAAUAAAUAUGGUCAGAGAAAAUACUGCAAUGUUUUUAUGCUUGUUCAUUGUCAAAAUGACUGUUAGCAAUCUUUUCUGUUGCCAUAGGACAGACAGUAGAAGAAUGUACUGUAUAGAGGAGGACCUCUGCAUUUCACCUUCAGGUCCGUAUGAAAACUUUGCAUCCGGUGUCGAUACUUACAUGAUGUUGACUGUUGCCGUGCGGAGAGAAAAAUGCAAAUAUUUUUAACAGACUCAUCCAAAAAAGGCUCACAAGUGAUCUUUAGUCCCUCUUGUAUAUACAUUUGCACAACAGAUUAUAUAAAUAUUGUCCUUUGCCAUCUAAUUUAACUUUUUGUAGAGCUAGAUGAUCAUGGAGCGAGGACUCUUGCCUUAAUGACACAAACAUAACUACUGUAAAAAUGUAAUUUACCUGUUGUAUUCUUCAAGUUGUGGACAAUCGUGUCAUCUUUGCAUUGACAGUGCAGUCAUGUCUGCUUUAAUCAUUAAACGUGGUGUUUUAAGCACACUUGUUGGCCCGAAUUACAACCUUAACAGAAUUUGCUGUAUGAAAAAUAAAGAUUUAUUUCUUCA